AGGAAUCCCUAAUCGGAUUUGCCUCUUCGGCGCAAGGCCUGAAACAUUAGAUCAUGGGCUUCGCUAGCUUGAAAUCUGAAAUUCUCUUUCAAGUUAGCGGGGGAAGGGAAAGAAACGACACUUCAUAGUCCAAAUUCUGAAAGGGCAAAAACAGAACAGUGGUUAGUUCGAAUCGAUCAUUUGUCCUAUUCGAUCUCUGGAUCUUCAAAAUCUCGCCGUUAAAACAUCAAUCGCUAUAUCGCCGGGUUAAAUUUCACCAUUUUUUUUUUGAGGCAUUUCACUCAGCGACGUAGUGCAAAGAGCUAGGGUUCUUCCAAAUCGAGAUCUCGAGAGUGAUAUACCAAGAGAUGGAUCCGAAUUCAGUUAAAUCGACUCUGUCCAACUUAGCAUUUGGAAAUGUUAUGGCAGCUGCAGCUCGUGAUUAUCAGAAGGAAAUUCUGGCUCAUGAGAAGGGACAGACUUCUACCUCUGUUAAUGAGGAGGUUGAUCUUGAUGAGCUGAUGGAUGAUCCUGAGCUGGAAAAAAUGCAUGCAGACAGGAUUGCAGCCCUCAAGAAAGAAGUUGAGAAGAGAGAAUCAUUAAAGAAGCAAGGGCAUGGAGAGUACAGGGAAAUAACUGAAGGAGAUUUUUUGAGUGAAGUCACUGGUAGUGAAAAAGUGAUAUGUCACUUCUACCAUCGUGAGUUCUAUCGCUGCAAGAUAAUGGAUAAGCAUUUGAAGUCCCUUGCGCCAAGGUAUGUGGAUACCAAGUUUAUCAAGCUGGAUGCAGAGAAUGCACCUUUCUUUGUUGCCAAACUAGGAAUCAAAACUUUGCCUUGUGUCAUAUUAUUCAGAAAAGGAAUCUCAGUAGACAGGCUGGUUGGUUUUCAAGACUUGGGAGGAAAAGAUGAUUUCAGCUUAAAGACACUGGAGGUUCUUUUGCUGAAGAAAGGAAUUAUUAGUGAAACUAAAAAAGAUGAUGAUGAAGAGGAUGAUCAUCAUGAAAACAGACGCAGGGCAGUGAGAUCAUCUAUAGAUCCUAAUUCUGAUUCAGACUGAGAAGGAAGAGAAAUUCCAGCAGUUGACUGGUAUUGGCAUUGCAUGUGCACUUUCAUUAAUUAUCAUAUCUAUAAAUCUCGGACCCAUGUUCAUGAUCAAAUUUGCAAUUUUUUUCCUGAAAUGAACUAUUUACCCAUGGUAUAACUAUUGAUGAUGGUAGUGAGUGAUU